AUGGAGGCUUCCAGUGGCUAUGCCAGUAACGGCUACCCCAAGGCUCCGAAUGGGAAGAUUAAGGGCAAGAUUAAUGGCCAGGCUGUAACAAUCCAGCGGAGGACAACACCCAUCCGUGGGCCCUCAUUUUUCCGCCGUUCAUUCAAUAUUCUCGCGAGGAUCUUGACUUGGUACUCCCUUAUUUCGAUCCUCUUCCGCUGUCCUGCGAAUCUCGCAGCCUGCGACGAGUCUUCCCCAAAGAUUUGCAAGCCCUACUUUCAGCUGAAGCAGGCCGUAUCACCUCAUGUCGAGCCCUACUACCACACAUAUGCCGCUCCCUACGUUGAGAAGGCGGCACCCUACUACGACAUUGCCAAUGAAAGAGUCUUCGUCCCCACCAAGGCCUACGUUACCAAGUAUGGCGCCCCUCGUCUGCAGCAAGCCCAGUCCUACGGCCAGGCACAGUGGGAGAAGAACAUCCAGCCGCAACUGUCCGUCUACCAGAAGUUGGCUCAAGAGAAGUACGACCAGACUGUCGCACCUCAUGUUGCCAAGGCCUCCACCACCGUUGGCCCGUACUACGACAUCGCGCGCACAAGUGCUCUCCAGACCUAUCACGACGUUCUCUUCCCCUCGUACCAGUUCGUCCAGCCUUACGCCGCCCAGGGCUACGCCGCUGCCUCUCAAUUCACUACCGAGACGGCUGUCCCUUCUGCUUACUGGGCAUGGAACAAGACCUAUAGCUUCCUCGAUGCUACCGUUUGGCCCCAGUUCCGGGUUUUGUACAUUGAGAAUGUCGAGCCUCAGCUAGCUAGGAUUGGACAGCGUCUCGGCCGCUACAAGAACAAGACCAAGGGAUCGCUCGAAAACGUCUCCGAAAGUGGUUCUGCCAAGGCAUCUUCCUUCACUAAACCCGCCGCUUCUACCGCCUCGUCGCUUUCCUCGUCUGCUUCCUCGAUAGUUUCAUCAGCCACUGAGAAGGCAUCUACGGCCAUUGAAAGCGCUCAUAUCCCCGAUGCAUCCGAGGUGGCUCAACACGACGACUCUGAGCAGGUCCACGCGCCCCCGCCUGGCGAGAACGAUUCCGACAUUCGCAAAAUCGCCAGGGAGACGGUCGCCGAGGACCUAAGCAGCUGGCAGGCUAAGUUCGCCAAGGCAGCUGACGAGGGUGCUGCCGAAAUCGAGGACCGCGUGGAGGAGAUCUCCCAGCGCGUCAUCAAGGAGAGAGCUCACGGGCAGGGCAGAACCCUCGUUACCGAGCUCCAGACUGCUGCAAAAUCCGAGGUUGACACCCUGCAAAAGCAAAUCAUCAAGCUCGUCCAAAAGUCCACUGACGCUCCAGAGUCUGCCCAAGAGGAACUACUUGCCAGUGUCCGUAAGGCUGGCCUCAAUAUCAAGGAGAAGGCUCAAAAGAUCCGUGCCUGGAAGUCCGAGUACGAGGCUGAAAUCGAGGGCUCUGUCUCGGAGGCGGCUGAUACCCAUUUCAAGAUCCUCGAGAGCAUUCGUGACCUGGCUCUCCAGCGGAUUGGAAUGAAGUGGGCUUGGAUGGACGGCAUCACUUACAAGGAUUGGGCCAAGUACCACGAGUUGAAGGACCGCUUCGCCGAAUGGAUGAGCGACCUGAAGAAGCUCAUCAUCACUCAUCCCGGCCUGGAGCAGGCCCGAGAGGCUUCCAACGAAGUUGAAGAUUCUGGCAUGGCCGUCGCCCAAGCUGCUGCCCAAGAACUCGCGAGGCUCAAGCAGGUCGGUCUCUGGAAGCUUGCUGCGAAGGAUUCUUCCGAUAACUUUGACAGCGAGACGGCGCGUCUUGCUGCCGAGGAAGCCGAUCGCGUCCGUGAGGCUGAAGCCGCUGCUGCCACCGCCUCGGAGGCAGUCUCAACCCCCGAGGAAGACCCUCUGGAGUCAGCCCCCAGCGUGAUCGAAGAUGAGUCCCCCGCCGCCGAUGUCAGCAGCGUCGCCGGCGAAGCUGAGGAGAGCUUCAGCAGUGCCACUCCCACCGCAUCUUCCGCAGUGUCAGAAUCCGCCAGCAGCGCUACCAGCCAAGUGUCCAGCCAAGUGUCCAGCCAAGUGUCCGAUAGUUCUUCCAGUGUUGUCUCGAAGCCCGACCUGGCGUCCACUAUCAUCCCCGGCCAGGACCAGACCUACAUUGUUGAUACCGACGGAACCUCGCCCGCCGGCGAUGAUGAGAAUGCCGUGCCUGGAGAGAAGCUGGAAGAGGAGAUCAUCUCUGAAUCCGUCGAGGAUAAGCCUGUCGCCGCUGUCACCGAGUCUGUGAAGCCCGCUUUCCUAGGAGCUGCCGCUCAAUCCGUGCCCAGCAGGGCUCCCAUCUUGGACGACGAUGAAGAUACCGAAAGCGUUUCUUCCAGAGCCCAAGAGGCCUACUCCGCCGCUGUCUCCAAGGCUUCUGAGCAGUACUCGUCCGCCAGCGCCGCCAUCUCCAUCAAGAUUUAUGGCACCCCUCAACCGACGGCUGAGAAGCUGGUAGCGUCAGCAUCCGGUAUCUACGCUGCUGCCAUCGCAUCAGCCAGCGCAAAGUAUGAUGAAGCUGUCAAGGCCGCUUCAAAGGCCAUCUACGGUACCGUCGCUGCGAAACCUACUCCCUCGUAUGACUGGGCUAGCGUCAAGGCUAUCGCGAUGCAGCGUCUGAACGAGGGACGCUUGGCCGCCGAAGAGCAGUAUGAGAGCGCCAAGAUUAGGCUUGGUCUCGCCACCGCGACGCCCACCUCCACCGUCGACAAGCUUCUCGAGCAGGCCAAAUACAACUACUACGCCGGCCUCGGUGUGGCCCAUGCCCGUUACUCCGAAUUCCUGGCCGCCGCAUCAGCGGCCAUAAGCUCCGCGACUGCUACGUCAACCCCGACCAACGUUGCCGGCACUGCAUCCUCUGUUGCAUCCGUUGCCACUCGCUCGGCUGAUGCGGUAGCAUCCGGAGCGCAGAAGGAAGCUUUGGCUGUGGCUUCCGCUGUUAGCGACGGGUUUUCGGCGGCGGCAUCAAUUGUCAGCGAUUCCGUUUCCGCUGGAGUUCAAGAAGUUGUGGAUGCUGCGCAGGCCAUAGAGAAGGGUGUCUCUGACACUUGGGAGGCUGUUGUCAGCCGCGCCAGCGUUCAGAUCUACGGCAAGCCUACUCCUACCGCAUGGUACGACAACGCCUACAGUGGUGCCGGACAGUACGCGUCGCAGGCUACCGCUGCCGUCGUGGAGAGCCUCGCUGCCGCACAGGUUCAAGCCGCAAAGCAGUACGAGGACAUGAGCAAGCUUGUCUCCGAGCUUCUUGUGGGCAAGGAGCCUACCGUCUCUGAGAGCGUGCUGGCUCGCUUGCAGGCCGCCUAUUCCACCGGCAUUGCCUCAGCUGCUAGUAUUGCCAGUGCAGCAUCUGCCACUGUCUCUUCUGCCGCCUCGGCUGUGACGGACGCCGUCAAGGAAACCAUUCAGCACGUCCGCGAUGAGUUGUAA